UUCGAGUAGAACGAGACCAGCUUGGUCGACCAGUGAUUUCAUUGAUCGAACUCGAGAAAGACAAUUACGUGACAAGUUGACGCGAAUUUUAUUUGCAAAGUUCUUUUUUCUUCUUUUUCGGUCCAGUCGUUUGUUUUGUUUUGAUACAAAAAUGUACGAUAUUACGAAGAGAAACACUUCCGAGAGAUUCUGUAUCGCCAUCGCGAUCAUCCUCGCUUUGUUUUGCUUGCCUGAGUUGGCGUCUGCGCGACCUACCUUAGAAAGGCUCAGGCACGAGAAUGCAAUCACACACGAUGCCGUCUUAAAUUUCGCUAAAUUGAAAAAGGGUAAUGUGGCGGAAGAGCUGAACGAAGAAUUAUUGGGCACUGUUAAACAGCGGUACAAACGAUUAUCGGAUCAAAGGCGAGCCGAACUAGAGACCCUGAUGGCGCUUUCAAAAAUGACGGAAAAAUUGAACAACGUAAUAAGGGGAGGACGACAUUUGGACUCAGCCAAAUCGGGUCGGACGGAGAGGUCAAUCUUCGACUUGAAUGCUAAGAAUCUUCAAAAACUAUUCCAACUAUCCGGGAAGUUCGGGUAUAAGGGAAAUAAGGCUUAUCCUGUUGUUGGGUAUGUAAUUUAUUUUAUUAUUAUUAUUGGUAGAAGUAAACGAUAUUGGAUGAGUGAUAGACGUUACAAUUGGGAAUAUAGAAAAGAGUCAUUGCAAUGA